AUGUUUCACUCUGAGAUGCUGCGGAUUAGUGACUUUGAAGGUUUGGAUGAUGGAUGGUGUCACGUGAUGAUGUCGACACCGCAAGCCAAACGCCGCCGGCUGAACGAAGCAACCAAGACGCUGCACAAGCCGUUCAAAUCACCCUUCCGCACCCCGCUGAAACCCAACAUAGGCUCUGAUCCACCGUCUUCAGACCCGCCAGAGACAGCUUCGUUUCCACCAGUGUCUACAUAUUCAGCAAGACCUGCAACAAACACCAGUACUUAUCAGCAGUCCACUGCUACGACUGCAUCUCCAGUAGCCCCCGCGACCCCUGUAGCACAUGUAUCGAAGCCGCUUGCAUCUCGUCCUGGUUCGCUAGGAACUCCACGUGGUACUAAUAGGGGCACGCCUUCUAAGCCAUCUGUUGCGCGGGAGAUCAUGCAAAUCCGCAACGAGAUACAAAUGCUUACGCAGGCCCAAACCCUCGCAACCUCGACCAAGGACGACGAUCUGAUGGUCCUGAUUGACAAAUGGCGCACAGCGAGCCGUGCAGCUGCAGAAGAGCUAUUCGGGAGUACAAGAGACCGAGUGAAUAGGAUGGGUGGGGUAGGCGCGUGGAAAGAACGGGAGAACGAGUCGAAAGAACGACAGAUGCAAUGGGAUCGAGAAGAGCGACAGGCAGAGCGAGAGAAGAUCGAGGAGGCAAAGGAGAAUGGCGAGGUUUCUGAUGAGGCGUAUGAUAGGUAUGCGGAGAUGUCUGAGGAGAAGGUCGAUGAAGAGAAGGAGACCUUCAAGCGCGGUGCUGAUGAUGAUUCUUUUACUAUGGAUAUGAUGCUGAAGACACUCAAUAUCGAUCUUGAUCUCAUCGGAUACAAUAAGGAGGCGCAACGCUGGGAUGGAUGA